UGCGCUCAACUUCACACAUAUUUUUUUUCCUAAUAGAUAGUGAACAAAAAAGAGUUGAAUCGAACUCACACAUGACUACAAUCUGCCACAGGCUAUCAGAGUGGCAUUCGAUAGACUUGGGAUAUUCAUUCACUUUUACCCAUGCCGCGAUCACCUUUCAGAAGGAAAUACUCACUUUGCUCCUCAAUAAUGUACACAGUAAUAGUCUAACAUACGGUACUAGCUCUACGUAAGAUUUUCAAGAUUUAUUGAAAUUUUUUCGACAAUCGUGAUCAGUGUAAUUUAUAAAUAAUCAUGGAGAUUGACAAGAGAUUCUUGAACGUAUUGCUCUUGAGUUGUGGAUUUAUGCUGGUGUUCACUGCUUUUCAAACAAUGGGAAAUAUAGAGAAAACCAUUCUGGACAGCAUAGGAAAGGACGACACGACCUUCAAUGGCAACGCGUAUACAAGUUUAGCGAUAAUUUAUACAGCAUUGGCAACGUGCAAUUGGCUAGCUCCAUCCUUCAUCUCGAUGACGGGUCCAAGGAUAGCAAUUUUCGCGGGUUCCUGCUGCUACGCAUUUUUCAUAGCAACAUUCCUCAUCCCAAGCUCAGGCCUGCUCUACACAGCCUCGGCAAUUCUCGGCUUUGGAGGAUCCCUAGUCUGGACCGGACAUGGUCAGUACUUGACCGAGAAUAGCGACUCCGAAACUAUGUCGAGAAAUUCUGGCCUCUUCUGGGCAGUCUUCCAGUCGUCCAUGUUCACUGGAAAUUUGUUCGUCUACUUCAUGUUUACGGAUCCCGAGAUAGACGGGCCAACGAGAAAGAUUGUCUUCACGGUGUUGACAAGUCUGGCCAUUAUUGGAGUUGCGGUGCUGGGACUUUUGCGAAAGCCACCGCAAAGGUUAUCCCUUGGUGAAGCCGAAGGGGUCUCUAGCGAGGAUAAGGAACUGGCAAUGCCACAGCCUCAACGCCAAACAGGAUGUGCUGCUGCGUGGAGUGCCUUCAGAGAUGCUCUGAGUUUGUGCGUUUCACCGAAAAUGCUUCUACUGUCAUUGACAUUUAUUUAUACCGGUGUGGGAUUAACAUUCUUCUCAGGCAUUUAUUCGUCAAGCAUCGGAUUCACGGAGGCCAUGGGUGAGAAACGGAAGAGUCUUGUUGGUCUCUCUGGAAUUUGCAUUGGAAUAGGAGAAGUCCUCGGAGGUGCAAUCUUUGGAAUGCUGGCGUCAAGAGGUUCGAGUGUUCUUGGCAAAUGUACGGGAUGGCCAGUAGUGGUCAUUGGAUUUUUUGUCACUCUAUUUGCAUACAUAUCGGCUUUUCUCAAUCUUCCUAAUGACUCACCGUUUAAAGAUACUAAUGAGGAAGCAUACAUCACUCCAUCGCCGAUUCUGGCGAUGGUGGGAAGUCUCACAUUGGGAUUCGGUGAUGCAUGUUAUAAUACUCAGAUUUAUUCACUACUUGGAGUGGUUUAUGCUAAAGACAGCGCCCCAGCAUUCGCGUUGUUCAAAUUCACUCAGUCGGUAGCUGCAGCUGUCAGUUUUGUAUAUAGCAAUCACAUCGGUCUCCAUGGACAAUUGGCCAUUCUCCUUGUGUCCAUGGUAAUUGGUACAGUAGCUUUUGUAUAUAUUGAAAGACGUCACUCGAGGACGAAACUCCAAUCUGCGGCAGGUGAAUCCGGACUAGCAGAGAGUAAUUUCCAGGGGCUAGUUGUGAAAAGUAGACCAAUGCUGACUUAUUUAAUGACAUCGAUCUCGAUGAGAAAAAUCACUAAUCAAAUUGUGUCACAAGGAGUUUUAAACCUCAUUCGAUAAAAUAAGUGACUGAUCAGUCAUGAUAGUAUAUAACGUGCAGUUGAGACUGAAAUACCCCGAAAAUCAUCAAUGAUUUGUAAAUAAAUCGAAUGACAUCGAAAUGACAACAAACGCGUUCUCAAUGGUUUUGUUAGCAAAUGCUUCCGGUGAAUACAACACCUUCGAUUCUCAGAUUUGGUCAAUCAUGCACGUGAGAUUUUUACAAAUAUAUCUCUAUUUUAUCUUUAUCUUUCCACCAACAACUGGUGGUAACAUUCCAGGGCUGUGAGCGAACGCUCCUUAUCAACUUUUAUCAUUAUGUGGGAUACAUCUCUACACGAAAAAAAAAAGAUUAUUUAAUUACAAAAAUGGAUUAUUCACCUAAUGAAGAAAUGAACAUUGUUAUCGAUACAGUUGAAUAAACUAUAAAAUAUUUGUGUAUAAAUACCAUGUACUUAUCAAAGAACAUUUUAUUAAAAUCAAUCCUUACAAAUCUUUAAA